AUUUUUUUGUUUUGUCUGCAAUUCCACUUCUCUUAAGUACCUCUCUAAUACACGUAUCUUUUAAAGAUGGGAUGCUACGAGGACGUCAUUAGUCAUUAUAUGUGUAUUAUUUAUGUACAAGCGCAUGUGUAUAUACAAUUAUAUAUACGCAUACAUUCGUGCGGUCAUUUAGAGAAAAUUUUUGUUGCCUUUUACGGGUCACUUUCCUUCUCUUUCGCUCUUUGGGAAGCGUCUCUGCAUCAAUAUUAUUCCGUCUUUCAAAACAAAUACACAGAGAGAGAGAGAGAAGUUUUUCCUCUUGCAAGUGUGAAAAUGGCGUGCGGCAAUAUGUCAAGCAUUCUUCUGUUUCUCUUGAUUCUGAAUUCGACCCAUUUGAGAUUCAAGGCUCAAGGAAGAGGAGAGCCUGCAUUCACCAAGAGAGAUAUCAAUGAAGAGAAGAGUGUAAUGAGGGGUCAAAUAGGGUCAAGGCCACCAAGUUGUGAGAGAAGAUGCAGAUCAUGUGGACAUUGUGAAGCCAUUCAAGUUCCGACAAAUCCUCAACAUUCUCAGACAAAGCUUCGUUCUUCGUCUUCCGAUUCUGAAAUUCUCAAUCUUGAUUAUGCAAGAGGGGAUGACAGUUCUUCUAAUUACAAGCCCAUGAGCUGGAAAUGCAAAUGUGGUAACUCCAUCUUCAACCCUUGAAAAUGCUUCCUCUGAUCAUCACCACAGUUUUUUUUUGGG